UAUAUUUUUAUUAAUUAAAAUAAAUGGGUAAUUGUACUAAGAUGUGUUAUGUAAGCGAAGGGGUACAAUAGAUUACAAAAAAAGAGGAAUUUGCAAUUGAAACAGGGAUUAAGAGUGAUGAUUUGAUCAUGCACUCGACACAAGGGAAAUCUAAGGAGAACAAGGAUGAUUAAUAUUCUUAAUGUUCGAACAAAAGUGCUCUUCCUUAAAUAAUUUCAAUUGAAGAUGAACUCUUGAUCUAAUCAACUUUGAACUCAAAUGUUCCUGUCAAACUGAGAAAAAUACUAAUGGAGAGUGAUGCUUACUACGAGGGAGAGUGGAUGCAAGGGAAACGUUGGGGACAGGGAGAACAGAGAUGGCCAGAUGGGUAUGACAUAUCUUAUUUUUAAGUUUCUAGGUCAACUUAUAAAGGGGAAUGGUAGAACAAUAAGGCUAACGGGUAGGGUAUUUUGACUCAUUCAGAUGGAGAUGUCUACAAAGGAGAAUGGGUGAACGACCAGGCUCAUGGAAAAGGAGUCUACAUAAACUUUAACCAAGCUAAAUAUGAAGGUGACUGGGUCGAAGAUAGACAAGAUGGAUACGGUGUUGAGAGUUGGCCGGAUGGUUCUAUUUUUGAAGGUAGCUGAUUGAUAAUAUAUCUAUGCUCAGGGCAUUACAAAUAAGGUAAGAAGGAAGGAUUUGGAAAGCUAACAUAUCCCGAUGGUUCAAAGUACGAAGGCAAUUUUCAAAUGAAUAAUCUCCACGGACAAGGAAAGUACGUUUGGCCUGACGGGAGAAUAUUUGAAGGUGAAUGGGUGAAUAAUUAGAUGAAUGGGAAGGGAAUAAUGAAAUGGGAAGAUGGUAUGGAAUGCAACAUAAUCUAGGGAGACAGUAUGAAGGCGAAUAUAGAGAUGGAUAGAAACAUGGGUUCGGGACAUUGAUAUGGGAGGACGGCCAUAAGUAUGUGGGUUAAUGGGUGAUGGGGAAAUAGGAUGGGUCAGGUGAAUAUUUCUUUACGAAUGGUACUUCUCGUAAGGGAGUGUGGAAAGAAGGCAAACGGAUUUAAUGGGAUUGA